CAUUGGCUGCGUGACGUCACGGCAGUGCGGGACCCACUCCGGCGGCGGCGCGUCCUCCCUAAACAAACCCGAGCGAUGCGUGCACGGGCGAGUAGACACGCGUCGCGUUGAAACGAGCCAGAGACCGCCGCGUGCCUCGGAUUAACGUUUCUCGAUCAUGACCGAGACGGAGUGACGCCGCGAGCACCGACCGCGCACUGGAUGCACUCGAGCAUGCGCUCGCCCAGCUGAUCGCGACGCGAAGCCGCAGCGUUGGACGCGACGAGCCCUCAUACUUGACUCUGAAACGGCGUUCAGUCCUCAGACGACUGAAAUAAUCAAACUCGCGCUGAUCUGCAGUCAGUAACGAUGGCGGGAAAGCUGACAGGAUCGGGCGCGGGGAUUCUGCUCGUCACCGCCAACGUGGGCUCUUUAUUUGAAGAUCCGGAGAACCUACAGAAGCCGUGGUUACAGGAGUUUUAUCAGACCGUUCACGCACACAGACCGAACUUUGUGGCUCUUCACUGUCAGGAAGUAGGCGGGAAGAAUUAUGAAGGAUCCAUGAUGCAUGUGGACAGCUUUAUCAAAGAACUUCUGUCCAGUGAUGCUAUGAGAGACUUCAGCAGAGCUCGUGUGUACCUCGACAAGAACUAUAAAUCCCAGGAGCAGUUUACAGCAUUGGGAUGUUGUUACUUCCUACACGAUUCCUUGAAAAACAUCCAGCAGUUUGAUUUCAAAGCCAAGAAGUUCAAGAAGGUGGUUGGUAAGGAGGUGAUUUCAGACACAUUGAUGAGCUGCUCUACGCUGGAGAAAGAGAAGUUUCCUCAACAUUACUUUCCUGAGUGUAAGUGGUCUAGAAAAGGAUUCAUCAGGACCCGAUGGGCUUUUGCUGAUUGUUCCUUUGAUCUGAUCAAUAUUCACCUGUUCCACGACGCCUCCAAUUUGGUGGCAUGGGAGAAAAGUCCAUCAGUUUACUCAAGCACACGACAGAAAGCUCUCAGCUAUGUGCUGGAUCGGAUCUCAGAUCAGCGGUUUGAAAGACUGCCAUAUUUCAUCUUUGGUGACUUUAACUUCAGGUUGGACUCCAAGCGGGUAAUUGAGAGUCUUUGUUCCACGGCCACCAUGCAGACGGUGCGAGCGAAUGACACCGAUGCAGUCGACAAACUGAUUUUCAGAGAGUCAGACAAUGACCACAAGGUCGUCUUACAGCUGGAAAAGAAGUUAUUUAACUACAUUAAUCAGGAUGUUUUCCAGGAAAACCGUGGAAAGCUGCUUUUUGAGUUUGAUAAGGAGCUGUCGGUCUUUAAGGAUCGUCUGCAUGAGCUGGAAAUAUCGUUUCCUCCCAGUUAUCCAUACAGUGAAGACUGCAGUCAGGCCAAACAGUACAUGAACACACGUUGUCCAGCGUGGUGUGAUCGUAUCCUCAUGUCAGCUUCAGCUAAAGAUCUGCUGGUGAAGUCGGAGAAUGAGGAGAAGUUAAUAACAUAUGACAACAUAGGACCUGAUGUGUGUAUGGGGGACCACAAGCCUGUCUACCUGUUUUUCCGGUUAAGCUCAGGAGCUGGAAAACACACGAAUAAGCACAAGUGUUGUGUUGUGCAGUGAUACGCCAGGCGAAUGGUGCCAAAGGGUGGAGAAGAUUUCAUGAAAGGUCCCCUGUGAGAAACUCGGGUGGAUGGACACACACACACACACACACACACACACACACACACACACACACACAUACACACACACACACGCACACACACACACACACACACACACAGAGGACGACCCUGUAAAGACUCUUCAGCAGGACUGACCAGUCGCAUUUGUCACAGUGCAUGCAACACAUCCAUAGUAACAACACUUUGACUUCAUGAAUGCUUUAAUGUCACGAUCAUCAUGGACAUUUACUGAACGCACACAGACACACACGCACACACACACACACACACACACACACGCACACACACACACACACACAUAUAUGUCAGGUGGGAUUUUCCUCUGAAUGCAGAAGACAUUAUUCAUCUGUAACACCAUCAGACAUCAUCAUCUCUCUUGUGUCGGCCUUCUUUCCAAAACUCUAAUGGAACAUCACAAAACACUUUACAGAUUUUAAAAUGCAUAUGUGGAAAUUUUAGAUAUGCCGCUACAAAAUCUGAGCUACUUCCAUACAGUAUGUAAGAUGUUUAAAAGUGCAAUGCAAAAAAUAUUGUUGUGUAUCUUAAGCUAGGUUUAUUUGUACAUUGGAUUAUGUUAUAUACGGUAGUGUAGACAUUAGAUUCUGUUUAUUUCUUUAGUUUACUUUUGUUUGUUUUUUGUUACUGUCGUAACAAUCUGCCAUGCCUCAUACAACGGCCAAGUCUCAUUUUAUAUAUACUGUACCUUUUAAUAAGAUCAUUUAUAAUUCCUACUGAAAUCAAUUCUCAUGCUGACGUAUUCACACAAAUGACUGCUUUAGGGUUUUGUCAGAUGAAACAUUUCCAGAUAUUAUGAUUUAAAUAUAUAUCCAAUAUAAAGUUUCUUAUUUCCUUUAAAGGUGUGUGCCAUAAACCAUACGAGUAGAUAAGAGAGUUUGUUAGAUUAGUCUUGUUUGGUUAUAAGAGUAUCGUUUUUAUUCUAACUUAUUUCUGUGUGAUAAUGUUAUGGUAUUGAAUGUGAUAUUUUAAAUAGGCUUGGGUAUCUUAAACAUAGCUGUAUCUUUCUUUCUUUCUUUUUUAAUGAUGAUUUGUCAUUCUGUUACUGUGCCAGCUGUUGAAGGAUAACAUUGUGCAGUUUAGCUUUAAGAGAGAAAUCCUCUCACUUUAAGGACCAGGAGGAAAUGUUUAUACUUUAUAGUGUCCACGUUACACACGUUGCACAUGAAUGUAAUUCAUUACAAAUGCAUGCUUGUUUCAGAUAUGAUAGUAAUGGUAAUCUGUAGCAUGAACGCUGUAAAGUAUCUUUAAGGUUUCCUCUAUUGAUUUAAUUCACUACAGAGUUUCCCGGUGGCCUUUAGAUUGAUUCUUGAUUUGUAAAUCACUUCUGUGGGAAUGAUUUUGUGUCUCCUAGCAGUGAUUUGGUCAAGACAAAACUGCUUGUUAACGCAGGUCAGCCGGUAGAAGUCACUCUUUUCUUGAAGCAGAUAGAGAUAUUAGAGCUCCAAAAGCAAUAAAACCAUUAGAAGUCA